AUGGAGCCAUCAAGUGACACUCCACCUCCGCGAACAACCAAGGGGGAUGGGAAUGCUUUGUAUCUCCUCGCCAUGAUUUGCUUAGUUGCAACGGCGAACUCGGCAACCCAGGGCUAUGACUCGUCCAUGAUGAAUGGUCUGCAAAUCUUACCCUCGUAUACCGAUUACUUUAAGCUCACUACAACAACGCUUGCGCUUAACGUGGCUAUUGUCUUUGUGGGAUCGGUAUUAGCCAUGCCUAUUGCUGGCCCAAUCAUUGAUAAUUGGGGGCGAAGAUGGGGCAUCGCUAUUACAGCAAUUCUAGCAAUGACGGGGGCUGCCAUCCAGGGUGCUGCAGUCCACGAGGUUAUGUUCUGUUGCGGUAGACUGCUGGUUGGUGUCUCAGUCACCACAGGUGCAACCGCUGCACCAACAUAUAUUUCGGAAAUUGCACCUCCGAAGUAUCGCGUUAUGCUCACUGGUUUAUAUGGCUGCUCAUGGUAUGUUGGCAGUCUUAUGGCUGCAGGUAUCACAUAUGGAAGUCAAUACAUCGAAGGCACGUGGUCAUGGCGUCUUCCGUCCCUGCUACAAUUUAUUCCCUCAAUAUGCUGCCUUAUCCCACUGCCAUUCAUCCCUGAAAGUCCGCGAUGGCUCAUUUACAAAGAUCGUCAUGAUGAAGCGAAAGCUAUUCUCACCAAAUAUCAUGGUAAUGGAGAUCCAGAGUCUGUACUUGUCGAUAUUGAGUACGCCGAGAUAUGUCAAACCUUGGAGCAUGAGAAAUGUAUGCAGAAGACGAACCUCAAAGCUCUGGUUCAAACUCGCCCCAAUCGAUGGAGGAUAGGUGUGGUUGCAGCCACUGGAUUUUUCUGUCAAGUGAGUGGCAACAACAUCAUUACUUACUACCUUAGCAGCGUACUAGAUGCUGCAGGUAUUAAGGAUACGAAAACUCAGCUCGGUAUAAAUAUUGGAAUGAGUGUUUUCAAUCUUUUCACCUCCGCUGUCGGUGCUUGGGCAGCCGAUGCAAUUGGACGCCGCAGAGGCUUUUUGUGCUCUACUGUGGUCAUGUCUUUACUCCUCAUAAUAGUUGCUGUUAUCACAAAAGAAUUUGGAGACAACCCAACAGUUUCCUCCUCAGCUGCUGAAGUGGCCUUGAUCUUCCUCUUUUUCGGUGUUUAUUCUCUUGUGUGGACACCACUUGCGACGCUGUACCCCGUCGAGGUGUUAUCAUACUCGAUGCGUGCAAAUGGCAUUUCCUUCUUCAGCGCUGUCUGCUACGCCACAGCAUUCCUUAAUACAUUCGCCAUCCCAUAUGCUAUGGAUUGGUCAGCUUGGGGAUUCUAUCUCAUCACGUCCUUCUGGAAUCUAUUGGUGGAGGUACCUAUCAUGUACCUUUAUUUCCCAGCAACUGAGAAUAAGACGUUGGAGGAGAUCGAUAUCAUCUUCGAGGGCGUCAGGCACGUGGAGAAUACAAUUACCGUUCGCGACAUUCUUCAAGGGGGUAAAGACAUUGAAGGUGAGGUCAAAGUUGCAGUUAAGCAGGAGGAGAAUUAG